AUGGCAUCUACUUCACUAAAAUACACGGGGAAGUAUCACUACCCCCGCGAGACAGCCCGCCAUGCCGCAACCAUUCUCGGAUUCCCAUCAAAGGUUUCCACCGCCGCGGCAUACUAUGAAAACGCAUGUUCCGACAUUGCCAGCUUGGCCGCUGCAAUCUCAGCACAUGAGCCAGUGAGAUUAUACACGCGACCUGAAGAUGUAUCAAAAGCAGACUCACUGGUUGCUCAAGCAAGUGAGAAGUACCCCAGCAACAUCACGAAUGUCUCUGUUAUUCCUUUCCUCACAAACCAUCUCUGGGUCCGUGACACCGGGCCAGUCUAUGUGCAUGCGGUUGAUGGAAAGGAUCGCCAAAAGCGCUUUGCGGUCAACUUUCGAUUCAGUGAAUGGGGGAAAAAGGAUGAUAUCGGUGACGCUGAUCGGGCAGCAGACGGUCUUGAGUGGCCUGUGAUGGAGGCUGCGCAACUUGAAGAGAAUGCAAAUUUUGCCAAGCGAGUGAUUGAAUCUGAUAUUUCUCCUUCGCCAGUGACUGUAGUGGAAUCUACAGUUUGUCUCGAGGGUGGUGCGUUAGUUGUGGAUGGCGAGGGGACACUGCUGGCGACGGAAAGCAGUAUUCUCAACGACAAUCGCAAUCCGGAUCUGUCCCGUGCCGAGAUCGAGGCAGAAUUAUCUCGCGUGUUAGGCAUUGAGAAAUUCAUCUGGUUCCCUGGCAAGAAAGAUCUGGAUGUGACCGACGUGCAUGCUGAUGCCGAAGUUAGCUUCAUCCGCCCUGGUGUGGUUGUUCUCUCGCGCCCUCAUUCUAGCGCCCCAAAGGAAUGGGUAAAGAUUUAUGAGGAUAUCAAGGCGAUCUUGGAGCAGUCGGUUGAUGCGAAGGGUCGUCCUUUCGAGAUUCAUGAAGUCCAGGAGCCGAAUCCAAGCUGUUGCGGGGAGUUGGCGUAUGAGGAACCAGCGACCAACUAUGUGAACUUUUAUUUUGUGAAUGGUGGUCUGAUUCUUCCCCAAUUUGGAGAUAGUCAGACCGAUCAGGAGGCUGUGGGGUUGUUCCAGAGGUUGUGUCCUGAUCGAGUGGUUCGCCCAGUGCAUGUAAGGGCUCUGGCUCUGGCUGGAGGUGUGAUCCACUGCUCAACCCAACCUGUCCUUGCGUUAGAUGAGUGA